AUGAACAAAAAAAAUGUGCUAUUGCAGAUGUUGGUGUCAUUUGAAGACCUGGCUGUGGAUAUCACCCAGAAGGAGUGGCAGUACCUGGACAGUUCUCAGAGGACUCUGUACAAAGAUGUGAUGAUGGAGACUUACAACAGCCUGUUGUUUUUGGGGUACUGCAAAAGCAAACCUGAAGUGAUCUUCAAGUUGGAACAGGGAGCAGAGCCAUGGACAGUGACAAAACCCCUAAAUCGGAGCCUGUCAGCCUGCAGAAGGGAUGACCUAUUGGGAACCAACUGGAAAAGUCAACAAAUAAAUUUGAGGAAGCCUGAUGAGAUGCGAGCUGCAGAGAAAUCUGAUGGCACUAAUGUACCUGGUAACUCAAGUGAAUGCUGGGAGCCUAUCAGUCAGCCUCACAAGAUUCAGACUUUUCAGCAGGUGUUUGAACACAGUGUAAGAGGCAAAGGGUUCAGCAGGAAAAGGGCUCAUAUGGGAGACACCUGUAAUAAGUCAGUUGGCACUGUAGGAAAGACAACUGAACAUGUAAAGAAAACUUUCCAGAAAAAGUCCUACCACAGUAAACCUCAACAAACACACACAGGAAAGAAACUUUAUGACUCUUUUGAGUAUGAGGAAACUCUCAUUUACAAAUCAGAUUUUACCACAAGUCAAAGAACACAUACAGGAAGAAAAACCUAUUCUUGUAACCCCUGUGGAAAAUCUUUCAAUUGUAAAUCCUGCCUUUCUAUCCAUCAUAGAACUCAGAAAGGGGAAAAGCCCUCUGGGUGCAAUGAAUGUGGGAAAACCAUUUACCUGAGAAGUCACAACUCACUCUACAUAAGAGGGAGAAGAUUUAUGAAUGCAAAAAUGUGUGGAAAACCCUUUUGCUGGAAGUCACAACUCUUUACCCAUCAGAGAAUGCAUAGAUCAGAGAAAAUUUAUGAAUGCAAUACAUGUGGAAAAGUCUUUUGUAAUAACUCACAACUCAUUACACAUCAGAGAGUUCACACAGGGGAGAAACCUUAUCAAUGUGAUGAAUGUGGAAAAACAUUUUCCCAGAGUUCAAACUUCAGAAGGCAUCAAAGAACUCACAUGUAA